UCAGAAAUGCAUAUGUAGUUCUCAGCUGCGCGUGAGCGCGUGCCCGACGCCUUUUCUACUAAAGUAAUAAGCGGCGCGCAUUCGAGCGCAGGUCUGAUCUGCUGUUUAUGUCGCACUGAUACUAAUAUUUGAACAAGAAGACUGAGGAAAAAGCGUUAAAACAUGUGGAAAUCUGUGGUGGGACAUGAUGUUAAUGUGAAGGUCGAAUCGGAGGGGGACGACUGGGAAACAGACCCAAAUUUUGAGAACGAUGUGUCGGAGCAGGAACAGAGAUGGGGUUCCAGGACCAUAGAAGGGUCGGGCCGAAAAGAACACAUCAGCAUUGCAGAUCUCAGGCAGAAUGUGUCUAAGGAACACGAGGUGGUUAAGAAGAAAGAGAUGGACCAGGGCGCUAAAGCCUCUUACGGCUAUGGAGGGAAAUUUGGAGUCGAGAAAGACAGAAUGGACAAGGGUGCUUUAGGGCACAACUAUGUGGCGGAGGUAGAAAAGCACUCAUCCCAGAUAGAUGCAGCAAAGGGUUUCGGGGGGAAAUAUGGUGUACAGCAGGACCGUGUGGACAAGUCUGCCAUGAGCUAUGAGUAUAAGGGUGAGGUACAGCAGCAUGCAUCUCAGAAAGAUUAUGCUAAGGGUUUUGGUGGCAAGUAUGGUGUGCAGAAAGAGAGGGUUGACAAGGCCGCAAUGGGUUACGACUAUAAAGGCGAGACUGAGAAACACCAGUCUCAGAAAGACUACGCCAAAGGCUUCGGGGGGAAAUACGGAGUGGAAAACGAAAAAGUUGACAAGGCCGCUUUGGGUUAUGACUAUAAAGGAGAAACAGAGAAACAUCAGUCACAGAAAGAUUAUGCAAAAGGCUUCGGGGGGAAAUACGGAGUGGAAAAGGAAAAAGUUGACAAGGCCGCUUUGGGUUACGACUACAAGGGAGAAACAGAGAAACAUCAGUCGCAGAAAGACUAUGCAAAGGGUUUUGGAGGACGUUAUGGAGUCGAAGCGGAUCGCAUGGAUAAGAGUGCAGCUUCAUUCAGUGAUAUGGAGUCACCAUCAUCAUCUUAUGAGAAGCCUCAGGCUUUCGAGGCCUCAAGUGUAGGAGCUGGAAACCUUAAGGCUCGAUUUGAGAACAUGGCGAAGGCCUCAGAUGAGGAGAACAAGAAGAGAGCAGAUGAGGAGAGAGCCAGAAGACUUGCUCGAGAGAAGAGAGAACGGGAAGAGGCACAACGCAAACAGGAGGAGCAGAGCAAGUGUGAAGAGGAGGAAGAGAACCAGAGACCUCCACCUGUGCCAGCAUCCCACAAUCCCCCAGAGACAUUCAGAAAACUGCCUGAAAUACCCAGAGAUGAACCGGAGGAAGAAGCUCAGAUAGAGGAGCAGCCUGAAUAUGAGGAGCCGCCAUUACUGCCGCCCCGUUCAGGUGACCUGAUCGAAGAGGAGGAGGAGGAGCCGGAGCAAACUUACAAUGAAUGUGAUCCCGCCCCCGUACCUCAGGAAGGAGAUUAUGAGGAUAUUGGCUCAUAUGCUACUGCAGAAGCUGUUGAUAAUGAUUAUGAAGAUAUAAGUGGGGCAGGAAACACAGCCACGGCCAUUUAUGACUACCAAGGAGAGGCCGGUGACGAGAUCUCCUUCAUGCCGGGGGACAUCAUCACUGACGUUGAGAUGGUGGAUGAGGGUUGGUGGAAAGGAACGUGUCAUGGUCGCACAGGCCUGUUUCCUGCCACUUUUGUGCAGCUCAAUUAGUUGCUGAUAACCAGUGAUCAAAUUUAUGUUUAUAUGCCACUUGCAGACAAUUACUUUUAUUGCAUUUUUUAUGACAUACAUGUGCAAUAUACGAACAUGUACAGAAUGAAAAUUUGAAUCUGGCUGAAAAUGAGUUCUCAUGUAGCCUGCAUCUAUUAACUGAGCAGAACUGUCCAUUCAGUGCACGUGGUUAGUAACCAGUUAAUUUUUUUUUCCUAAAGAUAUUAGAUUAAGAUGUAAAUGAUCAUAUAUGCAACCGAUCAAACGUUUGUAGUGUUUUUGAAAGUCUCUUUUGCACACCAAGGCUGCAUUUAUUUGAUCAGAAAUACAGUAAUAUUAUUGUGAAAUAUUAUUACAUUUAAUAUAUUUAAAAUAUGCAAUUAAUUCAUGUGAUGCAAACCUGGAUUUUCAGCAUCCAUUACUCCAGUAUUCAGUGUCACAUGAUCCUUCAGAAAUCAUUCUAAUGUGGUCCUCAAAAAACAUUUUAUAUUAUUUUCAAUGUUGAAAACAGUUGUGCUGAUUGAUAUUUGUGUGGAAAGUGAUACUUUUUUUUUUUUUACAGAUUUUUUUUAAAAUAAAAAAUGAACUCAUAAGCAACAGCAUUUAUUGAAAUAGAAAUAUUGUAACGUUUUUUUUCCUGUUACUUAUGAUCAAUUUAAUGCAUCCUUUCUGAAAUUACAGUAUUAAUUUAAAAAAUGAAUUACUGGCCCCAGAGAUUUGAACGAUAAAGUGUGUACAACAGAACAUCGAAUAAAUGUUCAACUAGUCACAAUUUUCAGUUACUUUUUUGAGUUGAUUUACAGUGCUAAAAUAUAAAUAUUUGAUUUUUAAAAGUGCAAAUAUUCCAUUUAAUAGUAUAAGUAUUACAUGGAGAAUCAUUACAAAGUGAUUGUGAAAUGCUGUUAAUAGUUUUUUAUUAUUAUUGAGGAAUGUCCUAUCAAUUAGCAGUUUUCUAAACCUUUAUGCAUGCAGUAUGAAGUGUGCCAAGUAUAGUUAUAAAGACUUGGUUUGGUGCAGAGAUUAAAUGUAAUAGUGUACCAUGCUGCCUUUUAGCUAUACACAAGCCACUGGCUUAUGCUCGUUUCUUUACUGACUCAAUGUUGUGCAUUUUUGCUGACCACAAAAUAAAGCAAAAUCCUGCAGAAA